AAAAAUCAUAGAAAGGGGCCAGCGAAGCCAUAAUGGCCAUCAUUUCACUCGCAAACCACCACCCCUAAAUUCAAUUUGUCUUCUUUCCUUCUUUUUAUUUAUGCUUUCCUUCUUCUCGGGGAAAAAAACCUCCUCGAUCAGCCGUUUGCUUUCGUAAGUUGCAAAAAACGCCUCUUUUCAUCAUUCGCAACUCUUUGAAUUCGGACAUUUCUAGAAACCUCUCUCUCUCUCUCUCUCUCUCUCUCUCUCUCUCUCUCUCUCUCCGUACGGGAAGCAAUUAAAGCAAUCGAUCUGCUUUCGGUGCAUCCAGCAAUCGAUCGGCUCUUAUUCAAGAAAAUGGAUGCGGAGCCUACAAAAGAUCAUGAUGACGUUGCUGACACUGAACCGGUCACUUCUACGGAUAAUGAAGCAAAGACAAAAAAGAAGAAAAAGAAGGGAUUUUUCUCAAGAAUGUGGAAUAGUUUAUUUAGAUCCGGCAAAGAUGAUUUUGAGAAGAGAUUGCAGCACAUUUCCAAGGAGGAGGCUGCUGUUAUUGCCAGAAUAAAUAAGCGAUCUCAAAAUUGGAGAAGGAUGAAUAGGCAUCUCAUUAUACUUUCUGUACUUUUUGAGGUUAUUGCAGUGGGCUAUGCUAUCAUGACUACAAGAUCCCUUGAGCUAAACUGGAAAAUGAGGGCAUUGCGAGUUUUACCAAUGUUUCUGUUGCCUGGGUUAUCCUUCAUUACAUAUUCAACACUUGGAAGCUUCACAAGGAUGUGUGAACGCAAGGACCAGAAAACUUUGGAAAAGCUUCGAGCUGAAAGGCAAGCCAAGAUUGAUGAACUCAAAGAGAAGACAAAUUACUAUAUAACGCAACAGCUCAUUCAGAGAUAUGACCCCGACCCAGCAGCUAAGGCAGCUGCAGCCACUGUGCUUGCAUCCAAGCUUGGUGCAGAUACUGGCUUGAAAUUUCAUGUGGGGGAUGAUACUAACCUUAGUGCCCCUACUGGAAAGAGCAAUGAUGUAGAGGUUGUGCAAUCUACUGGACUGAGAAAUAGGAAGCAGGGCAGAUCUAGUAGUCCAGAGAGUGCAGUACUAGAUCAUCAUGAAGCAGAAAUGCUUCAACAUGCACAGCUUGAAGGUUCUGGUACGAUGCAGCAUCAGCAAACAGUUGUUGAGCAUUACAACCCGACAGGUUCCAGCACACAAGAUGGAGGAUGGCUUGCAAAAAUUGCAGCGUUGCUUGUGGGGGAGGAUCCAACCCAGUCUUAUGCACUCAUAUGCGGCAAUUGCCAUAUGCACAAUGGGCUGGCCAGGAAAGAGGACUUCCCUUACAUAACGUACUAUUGCCCUCAUUGCCAUGCCCUGAAUAAGUCUAAGCAAGUUGAUGAUCGUGGCUCUGGUACCAGUACCCCUAACCUCGGUUCCACAACUGCUGUGGCUGAUAUUGAUUUGGUCAAACAAGGUAUUGGAUCCAUUCCGGAUAACAUAUCUGCAUCAGCAAGUGGCAGUCCAGUAGCAGCUCCAGUGGCAACUGAAGAUGAGAACAUAGUUUCCAGCGCUUCUAACAGCUAAGAGAUGGUGAGUUUUGAAUUGAGUCUUGCAGGCGAGUGCUUUUUCUCCCUAUGUGUGUAGCGGGUUUUUCUUUUCUUGGUAAUGUGUUAACUGUUGUAAACAUAGUAGAAAAACAUAUUUUGUGAUUCAUACGGCAGCUUCUCGUGGAAACCUUUCUACAGGCGCAAUAUACCUCAAUUUCCUCCAUUUUGUAUUCUUUUUUUUUGUUUGGGAAAUAUUUAGGCCAUCAGCAGAGCUUUAUGAAAUUUUGUGACUGCAGCGUUUGCAGUUCCUCUCA